CGGCGGGGUGCGCGGCGCGGUCUCAGAGCUGACAUGCUGCGCGGCCCGGCAGGCUGUAGAGGCGGCGGCUGUGGCGACCCGAGCAGUAGGCGCCAGAGCAGCAAGAGCGGACAAGUGGUCGGUGGGAGUCUCGGGGCGAGCGGCGUCCCAGCCUCGGCGUCCCGAAGGCGGCGGAGGUGCCCGGAGCCAUGGUGAUCAUGUCGGAGUUCAGCGCGGCCCCAGCGGGCGUGAGCCAGGGCCAGCAGAAGCCCCUCCGGGUGGGCUUUUACGACAUCGAGCGGACCCUGGGCAAGGGCAAUUUCGCGGUGGUGAAGCUGGCCCGGCAUCGAGUCACCAAAACCCAGGUAGCAAUAAAAAUAAUCGAUAAAACACGCCUAGAUUCAAGCAAUUUGGAGAAAAUCUAUCGUGAGGUUCAGAUCAUGAAGCUUCUGAAUCAUCCACAUAUCAUAAAGCUUUAUCAGGUUAUGGAAACAAAGGAUAUGCUUUACAUUGUCACUGAAUUCGCAAAAAAUGGAGAAAUGUUUGAUUAUUUGACUUCAAACGGGCACCUGAGUGAGAAUGAAGCCCGGAAGAAGUUCUGGCAGAUUCUGUCGGCCGUUGAGUACUGCCACAGCCAUCACAUUGUGCACCGGGACCUCAAGACUGAGAAUCUGCUGCUGGAUGGAAACAUGGACAUCAAGCUGGCAGACUUUGGAUUCGGGAAUUUCUACAAAUCGGGAGAGCCUCUAUCUACAUGGUGUGGGAGCCCCCCAUACGCAGCCCCAGAAGUCUUUGAGGGGAAGGAGUACGAAGGCCCCCAGCUCGACAUCUGGAGCCUCGGCGUUGUGCUGUACGUCCUCGUCUGCGGGUCUCUCCCCUUCGACGGGCCCAGCCUGCCAGCCCUGCGGCAGCGGGUACUGGAGGGCCGGUUCCGCAUCCCCUUCUUCAUGUCCCGAGACUGCGAGACGCUGAUCCGCCGCAUGCUGGUGGUGGACCCUGCCAAGCGUAUCAGCAUCGCCCAGAUCCGGCAGCACAGGUGGAUGCAGGCCGACCCCACCCUGCCACGCACCUGCCCUGCCAGUGCCGCACUCGGCUACAACUCCAACCUGGGCGACUAUGACGAGCAGGUGCUGGGCAUCAUGCAGACCCUCGGGGUGGACCGGCAGAGGACCGUGGAGUCGCUUCAGAACAGCAGCUAUAACCACUUCGCGGCCAUUUAUUACCUCCUGCUGGAGCGGCUGAAGGAGCACCGCAGCAACCCACCGUCGGCCCGGCCUGGCCCGGCCCGGCAGCAGAGACCCAGAAGCUCUGACCACAGCAGUGUGGAGGUGCCUCAGGAAGGCCUCCCCAGUGAUGCUUUCCGAUCCUCCCUGCUGUGCCCGCAGCCCCAGACCUUGGGGCAGUCCAUCCUGCAGGCCGAAAUGGACUGUGACCUCCACAGCUCACUCCAGCCCUUGCUCUUCCCUGUGGACGCCAACUGCAAUGGCAUGUUCCGGCAGCGCUCAGUCUCGCCCAGCAGCCCGCUGGGCACGACCAUUAGCGAGGAGGUCAGGCCGGGCCAGGGCCCGAAGGAGGAGCCGGAGGCGCAGAGGCCCCUGCCCGGCAGCUCGGGCCGCAGGCACACGCUGGCCGAGGUCUCCACCUUCUCCCCGUGCGUCCCUCCCUGCAUCGUCAUCUCCUCCUCCUCCGCGGCGAGCCCUUCAGAAGGCACGAGCUCCGACAGCUGCCUGACCUUCUCGGCGGGGGUCAGCCCGGCAGGGCUCGGUGGACGCCUGGCUGCUCAGGGGCUGGCGGGCACCUGCUCUCCACUCAAGCUGGUCUCACCACUGCUGGGGACGCAGUCGGCCACCCCGGUGCUGCAGGCCCAGGGAGCCCUGGGAGGGGUGGCCCUGCUCCCUGUCAGUUUCCAAGAAGGCCGGAGGGCUUCGGACACCUCGCUCACUCAAGGCCUGAAAGCCUUCCGGCAGCAGCUGAGGAAGAAUGCGAGGACCAAAGGGUUUCUGGGCCUGAACAAGAUCAAGGGGCUGGCUCGCCAGGUGUGCCAGCCCUCCUCCAGCCGGGCCACACGGGGCGGCCUGGGCGCCUUCCCGCUGCCCACGCCGAGCCCGGGCCUGCACAGCAGCGGGGCCAGCAGCCGGGAGGGCAGAAACCUGCUGGAGGAAGUGCUGCACCAGCAAAGGUUGCUCCAGUUACAGCACCACCCAGCAGCCCUGCCCAGCUGCCAGCAGGCUCCCCAGCUGACCCCGGCCCCACUGGUCCUGGCCCCCUGUGACAGCGCCCUCCUUGUGUCGGGACUGCAGAAGGAGCUGGGCCUGGGGCCUGGCCCGCUGCUGCCGCCCCACCUCCUCCAGGCCGGGGUCUCCCCGGUGGCCUCGGCAGCCCAGCUCCUGGACACGCACCUGCACAUCAGCACUGCCACGGCACCCCUGCACGCCGCCGCGCCGCUGCAGCCGCACUUUGCCAUGCUGCCCCCGGCUUUCGACCCCGUGGGGCUGCCGCAAGGGGACUGUGAGAUGGAGGACCUGACCUCGGGCCAGCUGGGCACGUUUGUCCUGGUGCAGUGAGAGGGACGCCUCCCACCACCCUCCUCCCGCAUGGGCUGCCGACUCCUCGAAGCAAUAAUCUCAGAGUAUGUGAAGGCGAUUCUGGACUCAAAGCCACUAACUUCCUAGAAGCGAAACAAGCAAUACGUUUGGUGUUUUGGCUUUUUAGUUUAUUUUUUGUUUUAUUUUCUCCUUGCACUGAGCAACUGCUGCCAUGAGUAGGGACUGGAAUGUUUCUGAAGAAAAAUAAUAAUUGAGGGUGUGUUGUGGGGGCGGGUGGACAGGAGGGGGAAGGAGGGAAGCGAGGGGAGACGCGGGCGGGGCUGGCUGUGCUCACCAGGCCGGCCUGGCAGCUGCAGGCUGCCACGGGCUCCCUCGUGCACUUCGGGCGCUUCGGGUCACAGAGGCCGUUGCCUCGGACGAAGCCGUGGUGUGAGCCGUGCGCUGCAGGAGUGAGUGCGUGCACCUACGGCGAGUGCGCGCGUGCUGUGUUCAGUAGUAUCCUUCUUUUAAAUUAACAAUUCUCCACUUCCUGAAAUGUUUAUGCUUCAAAUGAAAGCUGUGAACUUUGUGCUUUAUGUAUCAGUUUUCAAAAAACUCUUAAGGGCCAGCCCAGGAGAACAUAACCGGCACAAUCUUGGAAUUCUCUUCCCCUGAGGUCAGUAAACAGAGGACCACUUUUUCUUAUUUUUGAUGAGUUUUGUAAACUGCUCCAAGGUUGGUUCCAGGAGGAAGAACCUCGAAGGGGCAGGCUGGCUGCGGGGCGGGCUCUGUCCCGGCACUUGGCAUAGGGCCUGGGUGCCUGCCAGGGAGAUUACCUCCUGCCGCACAUCUUAUUUCCGCUGCUAAUUAAGUUUUUAUGCAUUUCAUUAUCAGGGUCCAAAAAGAACAACUGACCUGGGGGACGUGCAAUACGGUGAGGCUGGACCUGGGGCAGGAACGGGCAGCAACCCGCCCGCACUCAGGGGUCACUGUCAGUGGACAGCCCCGCCCUCCCCAGGCCCAUGCUUGUUAGGCUUUUGUUCAAGAAAAUGAAAUGAGAGGUCAGGUCAGUGUUGUUCGGCUUUGUUCCUUUGUAAGCAAAUAAUGUACAUGUGUAUAAAUAGACAGAUAGACACUACUUAUUUUUUAUAUUUUUUACUACACCUUUGUGUUCCUGGUUUAAGUUCCCCUCUGGCAAUGUUACGAAGUGCUACACGAGGUCCAUGUGGAGGAGGGGGACGAGGGGCGCCCUUGCCUGGCAGGUGGACUCAGGUGGCGGCUUGGCAGGCCAGAGGCCCCUGGAGAGGAGGGAAGAGCGCUGCCACGCACUCCCUUGGCCCUGUCUGCCCUGGUCCUUUACCCCCGGUGCCUUCCGCUCCUGUGGCUCUUCCGCCCUCAGUAUUGAACAGGCGGUGACGGCUGGGGAAGGCGGGCACUGGUAAAAGCCAAAGACCACUGGAGACCCUGGUGGGAGGAGGCGGCGGCCGGCCGUGCGUCUGCAUCUGCCCAGCUUGCUGCUACUGUCCCUCCCGGCGCCGCCACUGCUACUGCUGCUCUGGCUCCUGCCAAGGAUCAGGGCAAGGGACUGUCCUUGCCCUUGGCCUCUGAGAAGUCCCCAGAGCCACUUGCUGACUUGUAAGCGAGGUUGGGGGCAGAGAGAACCUGCGUCGUGGGCUGCCAGGGCCGUCGCCUCCACACAGGUAGUACGGGGGUCCCAACACAGAACCAGCUCCCUUUUUGAAGUUCAUUCUGUCCUAACGCCAGAGAUCAAAGGCCUCAGAACCAUGACAAGCACUUUACUUUCACGGUGGUUUUCUUUCUCGUUGCUGUAAGUCAAGUUGUGUGUCUUGUUUUUAAGUGUGUGUGACGUGUGUUUUAUAGGUUUCCCAACAGCGCUGUUCUCGAAUGAAUGCAGUGGCCUGUUUGAAGGCACUACGUGAUCUGAUUAAGAUGUACAUUUUUUUUUUUUUUACCAUAACUGAAUUACUUUGUUUCUUAUGUUAACAAUGAGAAAUGUAUGCCAAAUGAUUAGUGGAUGUAUGUUUUUUAAUUUAAUAUUUAAAUAAAAUAUUUGGGGGAAAAAACCCUGACUUUUUCCU